AUGAAGAUGUCAGUAAGGUUUGUGGUCAUGGUUUUUGUGGCUUUUAUCGUGGCUGCAUCAGCGACGAAGAAGCAGACACGGAAACUGGCUUCACCCAACUCGAGGGCUAGCAUUGUCAAGAGACAAGUCACGUGUAAAGGGAACCAGUUUAUGUGUCAGGAUGGGAUGUGCAUACAAGAUGAGUGGGUGUGUGACAUGGAGAGGGAUUGCUAUGACAGUUCUGACGAAGAUGGUUGCCCCACCGACUGUUCAGGUGAGCACCAAGUCAAGUGUAACAACGGCAAAUGUGUCUCCGCCGAGUACAGGUGUGACGGGGAAGAUGAUUGUGGGGACAACACAGAUGAACUCAACUGUAAAACCAAGGACUGUUCUCCCGGGGAGGUGCACUGUGACAACUUUGUCUGUAUAGAAGACACCUGGUUCUGCGACAAAAUCGACGACUGUGGGGACGGGUUCGACGAGAGAAACUGUACGGGCUCGUGUGCCAGCCAUCAGUUCCGCUGCGCUGACGGGUCCAGGUGCAUCGACAGGAGGUUCGAGUGUGACGGGGAGGAUGACUGUAGAGACGCCAGCGAUGAGCUCCAGUGUGUCUGUGACGAGGCCACCGAGUGGAAGUGUAAGAACGGUCGAUGCAUCAACCAAGAAUGGCGGUGUGACAGAGACAACGACUGUGGCGAUGCUUCCGAUGAACUAAACUGUCCGGAAGAACACGACAGUCUGUGUCAUGACAUGCUGAAUCUGAGAGACUGUGCCCUCAUGAACGAGACCGCACACCCCAUCUGUAUAAACCAAGUGGAUGGACAUAAAUACUGCCGCAAGUACUGCGGGAUGUGUAUCACCUCAGUAGAUGCUCCAUAA